UUUUUACAGUAGUUGAAUGAGAUAAUAGUUGGGAAGAUAAAUAUUCUUAUAAUAGUUUAUUUCUUGUAGCUGAAGCUCACCUAAUGUAAUAGCUUAGUUUAAGAAACUUUGAAAUCUAUAUAUACCCACAUUUCUCAUCUCAUGUCAUCAUCAUCUCAUUCAGUUCAUUGUGAAACUUUCUCAUCUUGUUUUCUCUCAUCUACCAGUCCAGCAUGAAAAAUCUUCUGUUCUUGAUUUUUAUCCUCUCUCUUAUUGUGCUAGGAGAAGCACAAGUUGCAUAUCAAAUGCUGAUGCUGUCUCUUCAGUGGACACCAACUGUCUGUUUGGUUAAUACAUGUGACGCUGGAAAAGUAGCAAGUUUCACCAAAAAAUUUACUAUACAUGGUUUGUGGCCUGGAAAUCACUAUAAUCCCCAGCCCAAGUGCCCACAAUACUAUUAUAACAGCUUUGAGCCCAAAACUGUUAGUUUAAAAGGACAACUGGCCGUUAAUUGGCCAAAUAUGCUUGCGGCUGACGAUGAAUUUAUGUUUUGGGCGCCGGAGUAUGAAAAGCACGGAACAUGUAUGGUAAACGGUGGCAGUUUUCAGCAAGGGGACUAUUUUGAUACUACUCUGAAGCUGAAGUGGCAGGUUGAAGCCAUUUCUGACAUCCGAGUGGCAUUGAGCAGUAUUCAACCAAACAAUUUGGAGCCAUUAAACAAGAUUCUGUUACUUCUCCGGUCCACAUAUAAUGUUUAUCCUCAGCUUGCGUGUCCCUGGACUCAGAAAAAUACUUUAGCCGAGGUCCGAUUCUGCUUUGAUAAGUUCACAUUGCAGCUCAUCAAUUGUCAGAACACAAUUGUAGUUUGUGGCACUGGCAGCGGUGGCACCGAUAUAAUGAUUCCAGGAUGACAAUUUAUAUGUUACUUUAAAUAAAGCUUGUGGAAUGGGAUGCUACAGAGGUGUCUCAAUUAUAAAAUAAAGUAAAGAUUAUCGAGAUAUAUAAAUUAUGUUUUGAAUGUGAAUCAAGCAUUUAAGCA